UAAGCUUCGGUUCGAAUGACAACAAACUAAUAUUCGAAAUUUAUUUUUGUUUCUUCUGUGAUUUUAAUAGAUUUAGCUUAAUUAAAGUAAUAUUUUAACAUCAUUAAUAUGUUUAUUAACUUAUAUUCUACAAAUAUAAGAUGUCUUGCAUUAAGAUCAAUAUUCAACAGGAAUAUAUCCACAGCACUCGUUCAAAUGACUACUUCAAAGAACUUUUAUGAAAUUCUUGAAGUACAGCAGAAUUGUACACAAAAGGAAAUCAAAGAUUCAUUUGUAAAUCUUUCGAGGCAACAUCAUCCUGAUAUGAAGGAAGACUGUGAUUGUGACAAGGAAUUUAAGAAAAUCCUUGCAGCUUAUCAAGUACUCAGCAAACCACAUUCAAGAGCCAAUUAUGAUUUAGCAUUGCAAGGAAUUCAUACAGUAAAUUAUGUAACUAAUGAUGUAGUUUAUAGGCCAUUUGGAGAUGACGAUAAGCGAUGGACAUCACCAAAUGCAAAUACUGACGCCUAUUAUGGUUUCAAAGGCAUGAGAAAAGUAGCUAAUUGGAAAAUCGUCUUUGCAUGCUUUAUAUUUUGUAGUGCCGGAAUAAUUGCUCAGAUUUUUGCAAUUUCAAAGUCGUUUACUUUUAAGCGUGAUAAGUUGCAAGAACAAACAGCAGCAUAUAACGAAAUGCACAAAAAAACUCGAGCAGAAGCUGUUAAAAACGACAACUUGACUAAUCUUCAGAACAUGCUGCAUCGAAUGAAAGAAGCCCAAGAUAAAUAAUAGUUUUUGGAAGCAAGCUGCGAAGGAAAAUUAUGUAAUUUACACUUGUAUAAUAAUGCAUGAGUUGGCAAACCUAGCUAUUGAUUGAUAUAUUGGAUAAAUACCUCAAAGUGAGCUGUUAACAACGGAAUCGUAAAGUUAUGAAGAAUCUAUUAUUAUCUAGUCCAUAAAAAAGCCUGAUUCCUUGUCAACUCUAAACCUGAAUGUUCAUAGGAUCUAUUGUCUUCGUCUUAAUUUAAAUUGACUGAAAUAGAAAAAUUAUUUUAUUAAAAUAAUAUCAAUGACUUAUCGUUUGUAUCAC